UGCAGCUCCUGCGCGUGCGCCCCAAAGGCUACGUUUCAUUCCUUGGGAUGAGACGGCUCAAGCAAAACCUGGCGAGCACAGAAACUGCGGCUCAGAGCAACACAGAUAGCGCGAGUGAGGGUACCUUCAGAUCGAGUUCUUUAUCACUGGCUUUUAUAAGAGCAUCAGUUUUAUUUCACACAAACCUGCAAAGGAGCCGUGUGAUAUGAAGAAAAUACCCGUGUAUAACUUGUACACAAUAUUGCAAUUCGCUGAUCGAGCAAUUAUAUUAUUAAAAUAGUCUUGCCUUGCAAGAAACAAUGAGACAUUUAUAAUAUAUUUAAGAAAAAAAAUCUAAAGACUCUUCCGAAAAGGAAAGUAGAGGCUGAAAAAACGUAAUUUAGACAAUCCUAAUUUCACCAUUACUGCAUGACUCUGUUGGAGCUCAAGAUGACAACUAUGGACACGAACAACAAUAAUACAGGGGGCGUGAUCUCCUACAUCGGAUCGUGCGGCGGCUCACCAAAUCGCACCAGCCCGGUGUCCAUGUACAGUGAGAACUCCAACAGCAGCUUCCAGUCGCUGGCGUACUCGCAGCCUUCCUUCGGUUCCUCCUUCCCGCCGUCGCCCAACGGUUCCCACGACUCCUCCCGAAUCUACCCCAGCAGCUCCAGCUCCAGCUCCAGCUCCAGCUCCAGCUCCAGCUCCGGGUCCGGGGAGGACGGAAGCUCCUCCAGCUCUGGGGGGUCCCCGCGGCGGCGGGAUGAGGUCGCUAGCUCCCGCUCCUCCCCCAGCAAAUCGGUUGCCAGCCUCACCAAGCUGAACGGGAUGGUGCUCCUGUGCAAGGUGUGUGGGGAUGUGGCUUCAGGAUUUCACUAUGGAGUGCACGCCUGUGAGGGCUGCAAGGGCUUCUUCCGCCGCAGCAUCCAGCAGAACAUCCAGUACAAGAAGUGCCUGAAGAACGAGACCUGCACCAUCAUGAGGAUUAACAGAAACCGCUGCCAGCAGUGCCGCUUCAAGAAAUGCCUGUCCGUGGGCAUGUCGCGCGACGCCGUCCGCUUUGGCCGCAUCCCAAAGCGCGAGAAGCAGCGCAUGCUGGCCGAGAUGCAGAGCGCCAUGAACAACAUGGUCAACAACCAGCUGCAGAGCGAGUUCCAGCUGGCCAGCUUGACCUCGUCGUCCUCCUCCCCCCCGACCCUGGCCCUCGCCCCUCAGGCCUCCCAGCUAGCCCCGGCCCCGCCCCUGGCCCCACCCCCAUCUCCCCCUGGCCCCGUGGCAGUGUCUCCGCUUCCCCCGCUGGCCCAGAGCCCACUGCCACCCGUCGACUCCCCAUCGCUGUGCCCGAGCCCGGGCGUGGACAACACCAUCUCUGCCGUCGCCAGGGCGCACCGGGAAACCUUCGUCUAUGCACACGACAAGCUGGGCCUGGGCAUACGCUUGCACAACGGCGGGGAGCUGGACAACUGGGAGGCCAACCGCUGCUCGAGCGGCUACCAUCUCAAUGGCCUCAACACCAUCUACCACCACGACAACAAUGUGCCAAUUCACAAUGGCCACGAGGCCCAGCUGCAUAAUGUCUGCCAUCUGCCCCCGUCAACCAUCAACGGGCACCAUCACAGCUUCCCUCACCAGAACAAAGGCCAUCGUCUCUGCCAAAACAGCAAUCUGUAUGGGAGCCAACAUGGCCAGGAGCACAGUGGAAUCCAACAGGGUCAGAACUGCCCCUGGAAGAACCACAAGGACAUCCUACUGGCCUGCCCCAUGAACAUGCAUCCCCAGGCUGACCCAAAGAUGUCACCCCAGGAAAUCUGGGAGGACUUCUCCCUGAGCUUUACGCCGGCAGUGCGUGAGGUGGUGGAGUUCGCCAAGCACAUCCCAGGAUUCAGCGAACUCUCCCAGCACGACCAGGUCACCUUGCUCAAGGCCGGCACGUUCGAGGUGCUCAUGGUCCGCUUCGCCUCCCUGUUCAACGUAAAGGAGAAGACGGUGACCUUUAUUUCGGGCACCACGUACAGCCUGGAGGCACUGCACAGCAUGGGCAUGGGUGACCUGCUGGGCACCAUGUUUGAAUUCAGUGAGAAGCUCAACGCGCUGGAGCUGUCGGCCGAGGAACUGGGCCUCUUCACCGCAGUCGUGCUAGUUUCUGCAGAUCGUUCCGGAAUCGAGAACGUGAACUCAGUGGAGCUGCUCCAGGAGAGCCUGAUCCGGGCCCUACGCGCUCUGCUGGGCAAGAGCGCCCCCUGCGACACCUCGCGCUUCACCAAGCUGCUGCUCAAGCUGCCCGACCUGCGCACUCUCAACAACAUGCACUCCGAGAAGCUGCUGUCCUUCCGCAUCGACGUGUGAGCUCUCGGCGGUAAUCGGCCACUGCUGCCCCGCCUGUGGGGACUGGGGUGAGGAGGGGUGGGUAAGAGGAAGAUGGGACUGGCUGCCACCCCCACCCCCCCCCCUUUUCUGAGGUUCCACCUCCUUGUUAAAUGAUCCAUGCGCCGCCCUAUCGCGGGGCCAGGCUGAGGUUGAGUACAUCCAUGUGUCGAGCGAGUGGGACUUGCGAACAUUGGGUGGAGGGCACAACAUGGCACAGAAUGCCGAAAAAGACAAUGGAAACUGGCGCAGAAACAGAGGUCCGCUCAAUAAGCUCAGCCCCGGUGGCUGAGCCAAGGUCGUAAUCCCAUUUACCCAUGCUUCUCAGGCCAUGGCGAACUGUUAAGAUCCACCGAUAAGGCACUGCAAAGACUACAAACAGGUCCAAGUGAAGGUGUGAAAAUGAGUCGAGGUUCAGGGACUAAUCCGCGUGGGCUAGCAUUAGCUGCAGACAAGACGGGGUGCUAGAGACAUGCUUUUCCAGUUCUCAUGGCUAUCAGUCAUGGGAACAGAUGCCUAACUUCCUUCCAGACGGGCAAGAGAGCACUCCCACGCACCAAAGGAAAGCCAGCACCAGGGUAGAACUCUUACACUUGUGGGUCCUUAUCCUUCCAAGCGCCUGCUAUAUGCUUACAAACUUUAUAUUUUAUUAAUACUAUCAAUUAAUGUUGAGGUAUGUGGAUUAUUGCACAUAUCGUUCAUGUAUAUUGAAAACCUAUGACUUUGUACAUAUGUAAAUAUCUAUAAAUAUAUAAAUACUUGCAGUGUUUGAAAGUUGUGUAUUUUUUUUUUUGUUAAAAUGGAAAGCUCAAGGUAAAAAGUGUGUGGGGGUUGCAUAUAUAUGUUUAAAAAAUUUAUAUUUUAAAAAAGUAAGUGGCGUGCAUAUAUAUUAAAACGCUAUAUUUUCUUGUGUUCUCAAUAUUGUAAAGGCAUUUCAAAAACCCAUUUUGGGUUGGGCUUUUCAAACUGGUUGCUGUGGGCUGUUGCAGAGUAUUACCUGGGGAGGGGCCUCCCGUUUCAGCUCCUGCACGCUGCCAUGUUGGGUUCCCUCAUAGCCCUGAUGUGCAGGUCCCUGCCGGGCUCCCUCACAGGUGGGACUACUCUCCAGGUAAAGUCCUGGAAGUGCAGGCCACUCUGUCUAAUGCGCACCCGAGUCUGCAGCGGGGGGACAGGGGAGCCUGUGGGAAGCAGACAGGUCAUGAGCCAGGUCGCUGACAUGCCUUCCUUUCAGCUGCUCUAAACAAAGCCUGAAUUCCUCCAGAGCAUCCGCAGGGGACAGGAAAGGAGAGCAUUAACUCAAGAUUUACAUAAACGCAACCCCCCCACUAAAGCUUGUUCCUUUGUUCAACUACAAAAUAACAAAUACCUGAAAUAAAAUUAUAUGACAUCCUUGUUGCAAAA